GAAGAAAAAGAAAACAGUAUUGAAGAAAUUUCUUCUCCACCUACCAGCCCACACGAGAAUUUGGUCAUUCUGUAAGCCCUUCAAGUUCCAUUUUCCACCUAACACUCACCUCCAUCUACAGCAUAUCAGUCUUAUAAAUCCCAUUACACAUACACAGGUGCACAAUUCGUGAGCAUUGACGAAGAAGAAGAAGACUAGGAGGACGAGGACGACGACGACAAGGCUAAUGGUGGGUCCGACCCGUCCGCAGUUCGUGUUGUUCGGGUCAUCCGUAGUUCAGAUGUCGUACAACGUUGGUGGCUGGGGUGCUAUUCUUACUGAUCUUUAUGCCCGCAAGGCAGACGUAAUACUAAGAGGAUAUUCUGGUUGGAACUCAAGGCUCGCUCUUCAAGUCUUAGAUCGGGUUUUCCCCAAGGGUGCAGCUGUUCAGCCUACUCUGGUUAUAGUAUAUUUUGGUGGAAAUGAUGCAACAAAAACGCACCCAAGUGGAAAAGGCGCUCAUGUUCCUCUUCCCGAGUAUGUAGAGAACAUGAGAAAGAUUGCUCUUCAUCUCAAGUCUCUUUCAGAGAACAUACGGAUAAUUUUUCUUAGUUCUCCUCCUGUGAACGAAGAGAGAGUUCGAGAAAUUUUUGGCAAUGCACUUGAUGAUCAAGCUCGGACAAACGAAGGCUGCCUCAAAUAUACUGAAGCUUUAAUAGAGUUGGGUCAACAGUUAGAUAUUAAAGUCAUCGAUCUUUACACUGCAAUUCGUCAAAAAGAUGGUUGGGCAAAGGCUUGCUUUAUAGACGGAAUCCAUUUUUCAUCUGAAGGGAGCAAAAUUGUCGUAAAGGAGAUACUGAAGGUCCUCAAAGAUGCCGAAUGGGAACCAAGCCUGUACUGGCUUUCAAUGCCAGCGGAAUUUCCCGAGGAUUCGCCAUAUUACGUUGUUGGUCCUGAUGGUGAAACCACCCUUAACGUGACUGAUCAUGUUUGUACUUGGCAAAAGGAGUGGGUCAAUAUAUAGUGCCAACAUGAACCAGGGACAACUUAGGACAUGAGUAUAAUCUCGUCUUUUAUACUGUUAAUAAGACAGUGUUGUCUAAUAUGGUUUACCACACACAAUUUUUGAAUUUGGGCAGAAAGACGUCAUGUUGUUCGUCAUUUGAUUGAUUUUGUUCUUAGUUUCAACAAAUAAUAAGAUGUGUGAUUUCUAUUUUAUA